AGCGGUAAGAGCCGAGCUAAGAGCUCAAGAGCUCAGUGUACCAGCAGCAAGCAGCAAGUGUGCAAGGUGCGGCAGAGGAAUCGGAACAGCUUCACUGUAGCGCUGCAUAGCCACGCACAGGGCUGACAGACAGUGGUGUCUUCAUCAACACAAAAAACACAACUUAUUCUUUAACACUUCCUUGUUCAAAAUGGCUGAUCCCGUUAGCAGUGACGGCGAGGAGACCACCGCCCGCGGUUUCGCCAGGACUGGGGCUCUGAGGCAGAAAAAUGUCCAUGAAGUUAAAGAUCACAAGUUUAUUGCACGGUUCUUCAAGCAACCGACCUUCUGCAGCCAUUGCACAGACUUCAUCUGGGGAUUCGGGAAGCAAGGUUUCCAGUGUCAAGUCUGCUGCUUUGUGGUGCACAAACGCUGCCAUGAAUUUGUCACGUUCUCCUGCCCCGGAGCCGAUAAGGGACCAGACUCCGAUGAUCCCAGGAGUAAGCACAAGUUUAAGGUCCACACUUAUUCCAGCCCAACCUUCUGUGACCAUUGCGGCUCACUGCUCUACGGCCUCCUACACCAGGGGAUGAAGUGUGACCAUUGCUUGAUGAACAUUCACAAGCGCUGUGUCGCCAAUGUUCCCAGCCUGUGCGGUACGGACCACACCGAGCAGAGAGGGCGGAUAUACAUCACUGCCAGUAUCGUCAAGGAGGUCCUUACCGUGAAGAUUCGAGAUGCUAAGAACUUAGUACCCAUGGACCCCAAUGGACUCUCGGACCCCUAUGUCAAACUGAAGCUGAUCCCCGACCCAAAGAGUGAGAGCAAGAAGAAAACCAAAACUGUCAAGUGCUCCCUUAACCCAGAGUGGAAUGAGACUUUUACAUUCAAACUGAAAGAGUCGGAUAAGGACCGGAGGUUGUCUGUCGAGAUCUGGGACUGGGAUCUGACCAGCCGGAAUGACUUCAUGGGAUCCCUGUCGUUUGGAAUUUCCGAGCUUUAUAAGUUGGGAGUCGAUGGCUGGUUCAAGCUGCUGAGCCAGGAGGAAGGGGAGUACUUCAAUGUUCCUGUCCCACCUGAGGGGGAGGAAGGCAACGAGGAGCUGAGACAGAAAUUUGAAAGAGCCAAAAUCGGUCCGGGUAUCAAGAAUAAAGAAGCAUCCUCCGCAAAUGCAAUGUCCAAGAUUGACAACAAUGGGAACCGAGACCGGAUGAAAAUGUCCGACUUCAAUUUCCUCAUGGUUCUGGGCAAAGGGAGCUUUGGAAAGGUGAUGCUGGCGGACCGGAAGGGCACGGACGAGCUGUAUGCGAUCAAGAUCCUAAAGAAGGACGUGGUGAUUCAGGAUGAUGAUGUGGAGUGCACCAUGGUGGAGAAGAGGGUGCUGGCGCUGUCCGGGAAACCUUCCUUCCUCACACAGCUCCACUCCUGCUUUCAGACCAUGGACCGCCUGUACUUUGUCAUGGAGUACAUCAAUGGUGGAGACCUGAUGUACCAGAUCCAGCAGGUUGGCAAGUUCAAGGAGCCCCACGCUGUGUUCUAUGCAGCAGAAAUUGCCAUAGGUCUCUUCUUCCUGCACAGCAAGGGCAUCAUUUAUCGGGACCUCAAGCUGGAUAACGUAAUGCUCGACUCGGAAGGGCACAUCAAGAUCGCCGACUUUGGCAUGUGCAAAGAAAACAUGUGGGAUGGAGAGACCACUAAGACUUUUUGUGGGACGCCUGAUUACAUUGCUCCUGAGAUCAUUGCUUACCAGCCUUAUGCCAAGUCAGUGGACUGGUGGGCUUUUGGAGUUCUGCUGUACGAGAUGCUAGCUGGACAGCCCCCCUUUGACGGGGAAGAUGAGGACGAGCUCUUCCAGUCCAUCAUGGAGCACAACGUCUCAUAUCCCAAAGCUAUGAGCAAAGAGGCGGUGGCCAUCUGCAAAGGGCUGAUGACCAAGCACCCUGGGAAGAGACUGGGCUGCGGGCCAGAGGGGGAGCGUGACAUCAAAGAGCACGGCUUCUUCCGCUACAUUGACUGGGAGAAGCUGGAGAACAAGGAGGUCCAGCCGCCCUUCAAGCCCAAGGCUAAAAACAAGAGGGACACAGGAAACUUUGACAAGGAGUUUACCAAGCAGCCCCUAGACCUCACUCCCACCGACAAACUUUUCAUCAUGAACAUAGACCAAGAUGAGUUUGCAGGAUUCUCCUACAUCAACCCUGAAUUUGUUAUUGAGGUCUAAUGCUAUUACUAACAUUUCAAUUUAAAGGUGCAGUGCUCCCCCUUUGAAGGUGGGAGGGGGUGUUGAAUUGACAUGUGUAUACCAGGUUGCUGUAAACCCACCUAGCCAUUUUGCUCUGGAAAGGACACUUUCUGCAGAGCAGUUUCAAAGCUGGUAGUUAUGCCUUUUUUCUGUUCAAUACGACCAACUUUUUUUUCUUCAGAAGGGCUUCCAUCAUUGGGAUAACAUUAAAACCAGCUGAACACAUUUUGAGGACUGAGAUGUCCUUCAGUUCUGCAGUAACUGUUUUCUCCACAGAAAGAAAGCAAAGGGGCCAUGUCCCUUUACAGCCACCGUGAGUGUACAGUAUGUGUGAAAUAUGUUUCUAUUGUGUGGACCAGAUCUUCUGUCUGAGGAUAUAGAAAAAUAAUAAGGCAAAUUUGACAAUGCUUUAAAAUAAGUGUCUGAUUGAAAUAGAUUACUGUCCUGUUGUUAUAUGAGAAAUUAUGGGAUGUGUCCUGAAUUGAAGUGCUUAUCAUCUUGAGUUAUCAAACUCUUGCAAGUAAAAUGGUAACUAUGUCCCUGUUGGUUUCAUGUGGUAAAGUAUUACACUGUUCCCAUUGUUUUUUGUGAGCAAGAACCUGUUCACCUGUUAUAAUCGCAUGUUGUCAUAAAAUUUUAACUUAAUCGUCUUUUCUCACUGUGAAACAGGGACUCGUGUGCUUGUCUUUGAAGUAAUAGAAAAUGACACUGACAUAAUGACAUUUUAAUUAAUGACACUUAUUGCAAAUUGUUUCCAAAUAUUGCUAUUAGGGCUAAUUUAUGACUAUGUUUGGAAAACACAUGAGCGCCUCUAGCCAGAAGUUAACCAAUAUCCUCGACUAGUGUUUAUUGAGUCAUUAUGCGCAGGAAAAAAGAAGAAAAAAACAUGAAUAUCUUCUAAAAGUGAACUUCUACAGCUAUUCUAUGCAUGCCUGUUUAAUCUAUUAUGAUGUCUAAUUUUACUAAGUUCAGAUGUCACUGCUGGUACUGAAUACAGUACUUUUUUUUCUAUCUUUCUUCCUAGUAACUUAAAUGUUAUUUAUAUCAAAGAUAUCUAGACGUCUUCCAGGAUAUUUAAUAAAAAAUAAUUAUUUUACAAUUGUAUCACCAUUACAAAAUGAACUAAGAUAGCUGCUUAAGAGUUUGAUGAAAAAAGAGAUGAUAUAAUAUGUUAUUUAUUCAUUUAUUUAUUUAUGUAGGUAUGUAUUUAUGUAUAACCAGGAAAAUAUUGGGGCUGCAAAUACAACACAAACGGACUGCAGCAAACAUUAAGCAGCACAUAGAAUUGGUAAUGCUAGUGUAAUUAAUUAUAAAGCAGUAAGGCGGAGGAUCCACAAAAAAAAAACUUAAGAGCUUCAGGUUGUUUGUACGUACUUAAAAUCAGCAAUUUCCAAAUGAAGAUUAAUUGUCCAUUGGAGCUGAUUAGUAAAGGACAAUACACAGUGAGAUACAUAUCAGAUGUUAAUCUGUGUUUCGUUAGGUAGACAUGUCAUAUAACAUAUUAGAAUAACAUACUGUAUAAGACAAUCGUGGGGCUUGGAGUCCAUGGUUCUGGAAACCAGACACGUAACACUGCAGGCAAGUCUUGUGUUGCAUUUCUGUCAGAAAGUUUCAGGGAAGGUCCUAAUAUAAUGAUUUAAUGAACAGGGGUAUGUAGAAUAAUUGAAUAGAUGGCUCUGUGUUAUGGGUUCUUACUUAUUUUUACGGUACUGAAAUUUAAGUUUUCCAUUCUGUCCUUCAAAUGAAAUGGGAUAAACAGAUCAAAAUGACAUACAUUGUGUAAAAAUCUAGUGAUGCUGCUCCAUUUCAGUAUGUGCUUGCCCCCUCUCUCCAGCGGUUUAACACUGUUGGCUUUAGCAAUGACGGAUACACGUUUCUGCACAAUCAUCUUGGCUUUAUUUUUUCUUUUGUGGUAUUUGUAAAACUUUUCUUUAUUGUUUGUUAAAAGCAGAUUUAACGCUUAAACUUUGUCAAUAUGGCCCACAGUGAAUCUUGACUAAAGCUCCUGUAGUACUGUAUUUAAAGAAUAUCUCAUUACUGGAAUAAUAUUGCUUUUAUAAUAUGUGACAAGGUAGCAUAUUAUGUUAUUAAUGUUAUAUUACACUUUUAAAUUACUUUGAUUCUACAACAUUUAGUCUGUUUUUAUUAUAAAAUAAAAGCUGGAGAAAUAAGCUGGUGCUAGAGGGUAGUUUUCCAAAGACUCAAGAGAAUGGCCCAUAGCUGCUGAUUUAUGGAGGAAUCAUAUCUCCUGGUGUAAUGGCAUUUGGAAUGGAGAGCCGUGAUUCAGAGACACAUGAAGCAAAUAGAAAAGCAAAUUAUUCUUCAGCCAGGCCCUGAGCGUAGUGAGUUCAGGAUAACGUGACUCGUCAGUAAAUUAGUUCUUUUAAUGCAAGCCCACAGAAUCUUCCCAAGUUCAGCUUUUAUGGUCUGGAGUUUGCCUGUCCUUUUUUUCAGAAUUGUAUGUUGCUAAAUGGUAGCCCAUCAUAAUAUAUAACUUGCUACAAAUAAAACAGCAUUAGAUAAAUUAAAUAUAAAAAUAAUAAUAUUGGUGGCAGAUCUUCAAUCAUUGAUAAAAGGAAUUACAUAAGCUUGUUUAGUAAUUCCGUAAUGUCGUGUUUUUAUUAUUAUUAUUAUUAUUAUUAUUAUUAUUAUUAUUAUUAUUAUUAUUAUUAUUAUUUUCAUUGUAACACAAAAGAGAAAACUGGCCUUAAGACUUUAACUGAAAAAACAUUAUUAGUAUCUGACUUAGUGGGCUGAUAAUUUACAGCACAGUGUUCGAGAAGGAGGCAAGAUGAACUGUCUAGCAUGAAUGUCCGAUGCAUUGGAAAUCAAUCCUGUUAUGAACCAUCUACUGUGACCUGAUUGUCAGAUCUAAUAUUUUUUUAAAUACGAAAUAUUUCAAUACUCUGCAUUUGUGUCAAUCCAUAAUUUGUAUGAUUCAUUUCAAGCUCUAAUACUCUAAUUGCAAUACUCAACGUCUAAAUCAUAAAUGUUGCAGGUACAGUAUCACAGAAAACCUAUAGCACUUGCAGAGUAAUCCUCAAUAACUGUAAGUGCUGUGGAUAGCUGGUUAUGCCCCCUCUUUAACUGUCCCGGUGAACAAUGGAAUGAUGGAAAUGGAGACAGCUUAUGACAUUAAAUAUGAGGGAAUCCUCCAUGUGUUUACUGUGCACUUGAAACAGAAUCUAAACCAUGUGUUUACUUUAAAGGCUUUCUAAAUCUGCUUGCCUUCCGUGUAAUUAAUACAGAUGUUAGUCGCAUUGUCUGUAUGCUACUGUAACAGUUUAUGCUAAAUAUUUACAGUACAUGCAUAGAAUAGGCACAUUUCACAAAUCCUCAGUACUUAUGUAUUUUUUACAACUACCAUGAUACUUUAGCUAUUCUUUACAGUGGCAUAUCUAUAUUUUCUAAAUUCUCAAAUGGAUUACACAUGCUCAAUAAUAUCUUUUUAAAUGUGGAGUGUUGUACCUGAAGUUGAAUGUGACACAGCUAAUGCAAUGCACCACCAUGUUUGCAGUGCAUCUGGGAAUGAAUGUGUAACGUGAUCAGCUUUUGAUCGGAUCACAUUUUAGUCCCCAAGGCAAUACGUUUUAUUGCCAGAUAUCUCUCACAAAUCCCUUGGGCUGGAGUGCUGACCUGCACUGGUGCUGCUGGCCCUAGGGGAUUCACAGUAAUCAAAACCAACAGAUGAUCAGAGAGUCUCCUGACAAUAUCCACACCAGAGUGCCGGAGGAAUCAGGGUAGACAAUAGUGGAGCCCUGUGAAGUUUGACAAAGCCUUUUACUUUGUCUGCUCUCUCUCUGAACCCCAAACUACACACACCAUUAAAUAUUUACACUGGCAUGCUGAAUUAUUUGAAAAGCCUGUGUGUCAUACUGCUGGAUAAGAGUUUACUGAUGUGCACCAAAGUAAAAGCAUAGCAAACCGCUGUAAAGUAUAGUGAAUAUUGUAGGUGUAGUAAAACUCAGUAAAAAGCUAGUUUAUGCACCCUUAGGCACAGUAAAUGCAUAGUAAACACAAUUCUAAUUGUAUUGUGUAGUCGGUCUCUUUUGAAUUAUUCUAUGAUUUAGGUGAUGCGCUUUCCUCCUGUCCAUGAACUAUCUGUUCAACAAAAGUCAGGAAAAAAGUCCCCUCAAUCCUGACCUCUACACCCCAUGUCAUUCAGUCCUGGGUGUCUCUCAAGCAGUGUCAUCCAAUUUGAAGGUGGAGAACUGCUUGUGUGAUGUUAACCCAUGCCUCCAGGGAGAAAGGCACGAGGGGCUAGUGAAUUGUAACACAGAGUUCCCUUGCAGAUGCUCAUUAUGCAUGCAUUGACAAAUGGAUGUCCUUCAGCUUGCUUAUGUGUUUGCUGUGAAUCGUGGUUAAAGGGCACUCUGCUGACAUUUUUUAAUAACUUGGAUUCUAAUCCUUUUUUCUUCUAUUUUAUUUAUUUAUUUAUUUUUUAAUUGUGACAUAUACCGAGCCCAUCUCUGGCUAUGGAGGCACAAUCAUUUAUAAAGCAAUCUCCUUUUUUAAUGAAAACAAGUGUGAAGCACUGGAGCUAAGCAAAUAAAACCCUGUGAAUUAUUACACACAAUUCUGAAUUAGCAACCACAGGGGCUGCAGAACCUAGGAACUUGGACAAUACCAUAGCUGUGUGCCAGUGUUCCGGCAAUUAAAUGAAUUCAUGCAACUUUCUGAUGUCUGAAAUAUAGAAUACCUUUGCACUGGGAUUAAUCAACAACACAUCCUCUUCAUGUAUAUUUUAAGCUUCUAUACUGACUUUUUAACAGCAUGGUAUGAAUUACAGGUUAAAAAACAGGCAAGCAUGAAUCUGGUUAGUAUAGCAACCUGAGUGAUCUAUACACGUUAUCACUGGACAGUGUAUAUUGCAGAAACUACGAAAAUCAAGUAAAUAUGUUUUAAAACCGCAUAUAUUUAGUGAAAUAUGUAUCAACCAGACUGAAUAAAUGUUUCUGCUUAUUCGAGAGUCCUCAUUUUCUUCUUGUAUUAUACUGAACAAAAAAAAAAAACCACAUGGGUUAGUUAGACCUCCUGUCUUGCUAAUCGAAAUCGAAGUUUUCAAUCGAAGAAUUCAAAUUUCAUUCCUCGGCGUCACAAUUAAUUAUCCAGUGUCAAUCAAGGUCUUUCAAUUUUAGUCACUUUAACGUUUCCUGAUACAAAAAAAGGAUUAGAUGGCAUGAUAGCAAUGCAAUAACUUUCAAAACAAAGUAUAGCUCAAUAGUACAUUUUAAAUUUAAAUUAAUAUUUUUUAAAAAACAAAAGUGGUAACACUUUAUAUUAGGCAAAUCUAACGUUCUUGUAAUAAAACAGUAAUUGUACAGCAACAACAUGUUUAACUAAAUUAGAAAAAUGGUGGCUGUGUUACACUGUUUUUACUGAUGCGCUUGUAUGUUUGCCAUGCAAUUACUAUGUAAUGUGCAAUUACUGUGUAAUUACAGUGUAGUUAGAGACUCUUAAUGUAAUACCAAAAGACUGGUGUAAACUGGCUGUUUUAAUGAACUAAGAGAUGGAAGCUAAGAUCCCUUGGGACUGUUAUGGAAUAAUUAAUGGGAUAAUUAAAAAAAUAAAAGUUUCAAACUGAUUAAGUGAUUGUGAGGGUUAGGGCUAAUGGUACCCUUAACGGGUUAGUGUCUGUUAAUUACUAAGAGCUUGUUAGGGCCUAAUUGCUUUUUACAGUGGAGAUUCAAUUAGCACAGACUGAAAGUACAUUAUUUUGCUUUUAAAUGCUUGGGUUUAACUUCUAAUAAGUUACCAAACAAGGAUUUGCAGCACAAGAUUUUACUCUGAUUUUAAUUGCCUUUUGUUUUGCAAUGGCUACAAACUCAAAAUGUCAUGAUUGGCUUUACAUCACUUUACAUCAGUAUUAGGGUAUCAUAUUUAAAAUUCUGUACACAGGAUUUAGUCAAAGGGUGGGUUCACUAAAGUCUUUUUUAACUAUAUAAGCACGCACCAAGACACAACUAAAGUUACAAAUAGUACCUUACUGUGCAAGGCAUUAGUUAGUUUUUUUUUUGAACAGAUAUAUAGCAGUGGGUCUGUCUUUGAUGAUUCUGAUUAUCCCAAACAUAGUAACUUGAGGUGGAUAGCCUUCAUUAAAUAGUACCUACAUAAAGUGGUGUUAAUUACAUUAGCUAUUACAUUAUAACAUGUGCAUUUAUAGUGUAAUUACAAAAUGUGUUCUCUGCUUCUCAAAACACUAGAAAUGGGCAGUUUCAUUCUUGCCUUUUUAAUGUAGAUACUGUAAGCACUUACAUUGUAAAUUAAGAUUAUACAUGAUCAACGGAGGUGUUGUCAAGGUAGUAUGUGAAAAAUAUGAAAAUAAAAUGCUGAUAAAGCUGUUAAACCUGAUAAAGAAACCCCAGGCACUUAACGACAGUGUUCAUAUAAAUGAAUUGGUCUUCAGGAGUAUUGCUUUUUCAGGUUUCUGUGUUGUUUUGGGGACAGUGCUGCAAUCCCCCAUAAAUCCAUCCAGUUUGGGAACCACUGCUGUGCUGCAUAUAUUGCUUGGUCCCUGAAAGCACGUUGUGUCACUUUUAUUUUCUUGCUUUUUAUUUGAGGUGCCGUAAGAAAUGAUAAGCAAUGUCUUUCAGGCACCCUAAACACAAUGGCAGUAUUUCUAGGAUUUAGACUACUCAGAAGUUAAGGCAAUCACAUACUUUUCAUCAUCUGACAGCAGCUUGAUACAGUCAAAACAUACUCAACAGCUCCAAACUCUUCCCAGUAAGCAGUGCUGCACGCUUAGGAAGCGCAAGACUGGGUAAAUGAUGGUGUUUGGACUCGGUUCAGCUAUCGGCUUCGAACUCCACUGAACUUUGUGUUUCAUGCAUGAUGGAGUGAAGAGCCUGAUAAGAAUUCAGUGCAAAGGAAAGCAAAGUUAGCAUGCUAUUCACAGUGAAUAAUAAGGAUAAAAAAUGUAUCGUCACAAAAAAGCCAGCAUUUUAAGAUUUUUUUGUAUGCUAAUAUAGCUGCUCUAGUUAGUUACCUGUGCAAGGGUAAAAGUGAUCUGCUUCCCCGACUCCAAAGUAAUUACUAUGCUAAUAAGACUCAUAUCAGUAAGAUAAGGCAGUCAGUGAUGUGUCUGUAUUUUGACGCAGGAUUUUGUGCAUGGGAGGGUUCACAGAAUUUAAAGAGACUUUUGGUUUGCUGUGUUUCUUUCUCCUCAGUCUCUCUUGCAGUGUAUUCAGGAACACUCCUGUGUUAAUUAUGAAGGAAUGUUAUUGUAGAAUGAUGUCUCUCUGGUACUUAAAUCUAGUAGUAGCUGUACAACAGAGUCUUCCGUUAUGUGUCCAAUAAUAUAAUGUAUCAAAAGAGUUAUAUAACUUUACCGCAACUGUUCCUUAGAGUAUUGAGAGUGUUAAUAACAAUGAACGCUCAUUCAUAGCGUUAUAGUUAUAGUUAUUAUUUGUUUAUUUAGCAGACAGCUUUAUCCAAGGUGACUUACAGAGACUAGGGUGUGUGAGUCUGAAGAGUCACGUAUAAUAACGUCUCACCCGAAAGACGGAGCACAAGGGGGUUAAGUGACUUGCUCAGGGUCACACAGUGAGUCAGCUGGGAUUUGAACCAGGGACCUCCUGGUUACAAGCCCUUUUCUUUUACCACUGGACCACACAGCCUCCUUUUAUUUUAAAGUGUAAUCUUCAUAAUAAUUACGUAUGUGAGGUCACUGGUGAUGGAAAGCAGUUGGGGAAAAAAAAAAAACAUUUUCUGAAGCUGGUGGAAGCAAAUCAUUUUUUUUUCAAAGUGCUGCUAUUAAAAUAGUGCUAGUAAAAGGUUAAUACUGAAUUCUAGCAAAGAACCUCCUCAUGCUUUACAAUGCAAACUUUUUAAUGAAACAUUCAAGCAGAAAUGUAGAAGAUAAACGCUUGGAAUGAUAAUAGUAUCUUCUUUGAUAUAUACUUUGUACUGUGUUUCAAUGUUUUUAACUUUUUUGUUGUAGUUUAUAUAUUAUAUGGCAACACCAUGGGUGUCAUCAUGUGUUCUGGAAGAGUUCAUUUCUAUAGUAUAAAUGUUAGAACUGUUUUAUUGAAUACAUUGGCCUUGUCUUAACCGCAUGAUCUGUGCAGUAUAAAAUGUAAAAUGAUUAUCUGAAGUUUGCCUGGUAAUAAUGACAACUAAAAUA